CCACAAAGCUAGUAUAUUGCCUUAUCUAUGUCCCUUGACUCCAAGAACUUGACACCAGGCGCUAAUCUAGUGCUAGCACUGAUGCGACUAAGAUAUAAUGUGUAGUGUUUAUUUUAUUUUCUUACUUCUCGCAUAUGUGUAUUGUAAGAUUCCACCAGAUAACGUAUCUGGAGUAUUACUGAAAUACGAGGCGUACAUAAAAUCAUCCCACGACCUCGAAAAGAGCGACAAAGCCCUCCUGAAGAGCUGGGCGACGGAGAAUCAGGUGUUCCUGGUGAACGUGACAGCACACUACAGGCUGGAUAUGACUAGGCACAAGGAACACAGCUUUAGCACUAAUUCAGUUAGUCAGAACUGGAUCGAUUGCUUAUCAUUACACGAGAAGGAAAUAAAGAAAUCGGAAAGUACGUACUAUGAAAGUGAGAAGAAAUGCCUCAACGUGGCGAGCAGUGCUGACAGCGCUGAGAGACGAUCUGUUCACCAGGUUGCUAGAGAGAUAAAGAAAUGGCGGAAAAGCUAUAGAUAUCUGGCCAAUCAGUGUCACCAGGAAAAUCUAGGAAAUGAAGAGGCUGUUGGAUUGUGUUUAGUCGAAUAUGUGCAGCGAGAUAACUACGACGUAGCUUUUCAGAGGUUAAUUAAUUUGAAGCACAGAGCGAUGGCCGAUCUGUAUCUAAAAAUGGUAUAUGCUUCGUUUGGAUUGGAAGAGUGUCUGAAAUCAUGCUUGUCUCAAUAUCUCAAUACAAUUAGAAGCAUUAUGGACAACUUGAAUAUAUGUUAUGAUAUGAAAAAUAAAUAUGGCUCCGAAUAUUUCCUGUUUUAAUUUUUUGGUCUUGUAAAUUUAACUGUUUAAUGAUUAAAACUGUCC